CAAUGAGUGACCACAAAUACCAGUGCAAUACAAAACAGUGAGACAGAGAAGCAGCCCACUACUGCAUCUGCCACCAGUGAUUCGUGUGAGACAGAUGCAAUGGUAAUAGACAUUAUGGGUGAGACUUGAUGAAAAUAUGACAUGGUAAGCAAUUAAGAGAUAUUUCAAAGUUGCUCCAUGAUUUUGUGGAUGGGCUCAAGAACAAAGCUGCUCAGUAUGAUUUGGUCGAGAAUAUACAAGGACUUGAACAAGCACUCCAGGAUGUCAAUGAUGUUGUCAAGAUGUUCCAAGCCAAUGUUGCUCAAUGCUUCGAACAAGAUAAGCAUGUAGAUUUCUCGAAACUUGUGUUCCAAGGCAAACAGAUAUUGUCAGACAUCUUUGAAGGAACUAUCUUUGGUAACAUAGCAAAAUCAAAUCCGAUUUUGAGACUUCUGUUUGACAGCCAAGUGCUGGACACUCAGAAUGGAUACUUGAUUCCUCCAAUGGGAGACAUCGAGGCUCUUGUGAAUUUGAAAUCUAAAGAUCUUGUGAGAAAGCUAGCUAAAAGGAACAAAGAAUCAUUAGAGAAGCGAAAACUAAAAGAGCUGAUCGAAGCUCAACGAGAAGUAGAGGAGAGACUAAAGACUCAAUAUCUGCCUCAUAUAUCUGAAUUAGGUGACGAAAUCAAUGAGCUGAGGAUGGAGAUAUUUGAGGCAAAUAAGACGAUUAAGAGCUUUGAAGAUGUUAUCUCUAAGAAAUAAUAAAAAGAUCAAAGAGGAAAUAGCCAAGAAAUCUGAUUUUUAUUUGGAAUUAAAUAAUCUCCAGUCUCACUCGAAUCAUGUGCAUACUACUCCAAGUAAAAGCAAGAAUAAAAAUCCUGAGACUUCUCGAUUUAGCGAUUACACCCAUUUCGCAAAGAUUAUCUUAGUUGGAGCCUCGUCUAUUGGGAAGACUUGAAUAAUUCAUAGAAUAGCGGGAGGUGAUAUGCCUACAUCAUUUUUUCCAACGAUCGGAGUGGAUUUCAAGCUCAUUAAAAGGACAUUUGGAGAGAGGAAGUUGAAGCUACAAAUUUGGGAUAGUGCUGGAAAUAACAGAUUCCAGGAAUGUACAGAAGUCUAUGUCGCAAAAGCUCAAUGUAUAUUCUUGGUGUAUGACAUUACUGAGGUAAAAUCUUUCAAAAGAUUAGAGAGCUGGAUCAAAGUAAUUAGAAAGGACUGCACAGAUGACGUCAUAACCUACUUGAUUGGCAACAAGAAUGACCUGGGAAAAGAGAGAGAAAUUAGUUUCGAAUCAGCAGCUGAAUUUAAAACCAAGCAUGAUCUUGAUUUUUACUUUGAAGUUUCUGCUAAAACUAACGAAGGGAUUGAAGAGCUUUGACAGCAUGCCUGAAAGCAACUCAUUAUGCAAAUAGACUCAAAUUUAAAGAAGGCAAAGCCUAAAAAGAAGAAACGUUUUAUUCUCUUCUAG